ACCAUGCCGUACACCUGCUGCCUGCCCAACCUGAGCUGCCGCACCAGCUGCUGCUCCCGGCCCUGCGUGGCCCCCAGCUGCCACAGCUGCACCCUGCCCGGGGCCUGCAACAUCCCCGCCAAUGUGGGCAACUGUAACUGGCUCUGUGAGGGCUCCUUCAAUGGCAACGAGAAGGAGACCAUGCAGUUCCUGAACGACCGCCUGGCCAGCUACCUGGAGAAGGUGCGCCAGCUGGAGCGGGAUAACGCGGAGCUGGAGAGCCGCAUCCGGGAGCGGUGCCAGCCUCAGGAGCCCUUGUUGUGCCCCAGCUACCAGUCCUACUUCCGGACCAUGGAGGAGCUCCAGCAGAAGAUCCUGUGCACCAAAUCUGAGAAUGCCAGGCUAGUGGUGCAGAUUGACAAUGCCAAGCUGGCCGCAGAUGACUUCAGAACUAAGUACGAGACAGAGCUGUCCCUGCGGCAGCUGGUGGAGUCGGACAUCAACGGCCUGCGCAGGAUCUUGGAUGAGUUGACUCUGUGCAAGUCCGAUCUGGAGGCCCAGGUGGAGUCCCUGAAGGAGGAGCUGCUCUGCCUCAAGAGCAACCAUGAGCAGGAAGUCAACACCCUGCGCUGCCAGAUUGGAGACCGCCUCAACGUGGAGGUGGACGCUGCCCCCACUGUGGACCUGAACCGGGUGCUGAAUGAGACCAGGUGUCAGUAUGAGGCCCUGGUGGACACCAACCGCAGAGAAGUGGAGGAAUGGUUCACCACGCAGACCGAGGAGCUGAACAAGCAGGUGGUGUCCAGCUCGGAGCAGCUGCAGUCCUGCCAGUCUGAGAUCAUCGAGCUGAGACGCACAGUGAACGCCCUGGAGAUCGAGCUGCAGGCCCAGCACAACCUGAGGGACUCUCUGGAAAACACGCUGACGGAGAGCGAGGCCCGCUACAGCUCGCAGCUGUCCCAGCUGCAGUGCAUGAUCACCAACGUGGAGGAGCAGCUGGCCGAGAUCCGCUGUGACCUGGAGCGGCAGAACCAGGAGUACCAGGUGCUGCUGGACGUCCGGGCCCGGCUGGAGUGUGAGAUCAACACGUACCGGACCCUGCUGGAGAGCGAGGACUGCAAGCUGCCCUGCAACCCCUGUGCCACGACCAACGCGUGCGGCAAGCCCAUUGGGCCCUGCGUCUCCAACCCCUGCACUCCCUGUGCCCCUGUCCCCUGCACCCCCUGCGCCCCCGCCCCCUGCACGCCCUGUGCUCCACGCUCUCGCUGUGGGCCCUGCAACUCCUUUGUGCGCUAGAACCCAGGGGAUGCCCGAGGAGCAAGGACACAGGGCCCAGGGCUCCAGAGCUUUGACCUGGCUGUGGUUCAUUUGACAAAAACAGCCUGGAAACACAGUUGCAUGGCUGCCGAGGCCCCAGUCAGGCAGCCAAGAAACUCACCUGAAGCUCCAGCCACACUAGCCUCUUCCAGACCAUUCCUGCCCAUCCUUUCCUUCAUUGGGGUCUGUUCCUUCCUUUGCUUGCCCAGAGAACUCUCUGAAGUGCCAGUGGCCCUCCCUUG